AUGUCUUUCAACCUACANCCCCUCAUCAACAACGGCAUCACCAAAGGUAGCCCCUCCUUCUCCGGCGGCACCCUCCACUGCCACUGCAAAGCCUCNCCCGUCACCGUCCGCCUCACCUCAAACAUUGCCCACAACCACGCCUGCGGCUGCUCCAAAUGCUGGAAGCCCUCUGGCGCAAUCUUCAGCAUUGUGGGCGUGGUACCUCGCUCUGCUGUCUCUGUCACCUCUGGCAACGACAAGUUGUACAUUGUAGACGAAACAGCAGUGAUCCAACGCCAUGCCUGCAAAGACUGUGGUGUGCAUAUGUAUGGACGCAUUGAAGUCGAGCACGCAUUCCACGGCUUGGAUUUUGUGCAUUGCGAGUUGAGCGACGAAAAGGGAUGGCAAGAGCCGCAGUUUGCGGCGUUUGUGAGUAGUGUUGUUGAGCAAGGGUUGAUUGCUCCUGAAGAGGCGGAUAAAGUCAGAGGACAGAUCAAGAAGACUGGGUUGGAGACUUAUGAUGCGUUGAGCCCUGGGUUGAUGGAUGUCAUUGCUGCGUUUGUGGCCAAGAAGAAUGGGGUAUUGAGGGAGUCGAAGUUGUAA